AUGGCCUCCAACACCGUCAGCAACAUCAAAACAACCGCACAGAACCAGCAUACCGAGGCAAUGACCAUGCUGUUUGACUCUGGCGAAGAUUCCGACCUCACAGUCAAAUGCGGCAAUCGUCUUUGGCAGCUCCACCGUGUCAUCCUUCGCUCGGGGUCCGAAUACUUCAAGAGCGCAUGCAGUGGGAAAUUCGAGGAGGGAGCGAGCGGCAUCAUCGAGCUCAAGGAAGAAGAUCCCCAGUACGCAGGUAUACUAUUGCGGUACUUCUAUGCCCAUGACUACCAGAUUGACGACAACGGAAAGCCACCUCUUGUGGCUCAUGCACGGGUGUACGCCAUUGCAGACAAGUACGGCGUGGGACUACUGAAGGAUCUUGCCCAAAAAAAAUUCACAAUGGCCAUCACAAAGACUAGAGAUACAGAUAUUCCCUCCUUCAUUGCUGCGAUCAAAGUAAUCUAUACCUCUACUGUGGGCUCGGAUCGAGGCUUGCGCGACUGCCUUCUUCCAAAACUAGAAUACUACAAACAGCAAUUGCGAGACAGCGACGAGUUUAUGGCCUUGAUCCUGUCGGGCCUUGGUGACGGGGAAUUAGCGGUUGAGGUGAUCGAUGCAUGGGCCGAUUUGAGUCGCACGAGGCGCGGCUAA